AUCUUUUUUUUAGACAAUUUCAGUUUCAAAUCCAACAAGAUGAACCCUGAUAACAUGAAUUUAAAACGAAGAAACUACAUCAAUUGGCAUGACUAUUUUAUGGCAACCGCAUUUUUAGCAGCAAAAAGAAGCAAGGAUCCUUGUUCACAGGUGGGUGCUUGUAUUGUUAACGAAGAUAAGAAAAUCGUGGGAAUCGGUUAUAAUGGAAUGCCUCUUGGUUGUAGUGACGAUGAGUUUCCAUGGUCGAAAGAAUCAGAAAAUGUAUUGGAUAACAAAUAUUACUAUGUAUGUCAUGCAGAAGUGAAUGCAGUGCUUAAUAAGAACAGUGCAGAUGUUAAGAACUGUUCUAUCUAUGUAGGAUUAUUUCCCUGCAAUGAAUGUGCAAAAGUAAUUAUUCAAGCAGGUAUUAAGGAAGUCAUUUAUUUGUCAGAUAAGCAUUGCCAUAAAGCAAGUACCAUUGCUUCAAAAAAAAUGUUAGAUGCUGCAAAAGUUAAAUACUGGCAAUAUGUUCCGGAACAUAGCAAAAUUGUAAUAGAUUUUAAUGAAAUUGAUUGGAAUAAUAUGAACCAACUGCCAAAGACUCCAAAAAAAAAGGAUGACGAGAUGGAGGAUGACCUUGUUGGACCUAUUGGUGAUGUUAAACUGUAGGUAAAUGUAUGGAGUCAUAACAUCAAAUCCUUAGAAAGCACCCCAAAUA